GGAGGCGUUUACUUUCUUUAACGACCUCGGCGCGCGCGCGCUCUCUCUCUCGAUGGAUCAUCGUAAGAACGACGGCGAUGCAUACCCUCACGGCUUUGGCUUCCCGUAUCAACAACAUCCGCCCCCUCGCCACCUCUUCCCCUCCAAUUCCUUUUCCGGCGGCGGCUCCGUCGCCAUCCCUCCUACUUUCCAGCACAUCAAUCACUCCGGCUCCUUCCGCCAUCCUCCUCUGCCGGGGCCCUGCCCUCCUUACCACAUUCCCCAUUUCGUUCCCUUCGAUCCCAAUCCCCCCUCUUUCCACCACCACCAUCACCAGAUUCACCACCACCACCACCACAGUGUUGUCUUUCCGUCUCACUCCAUCAGCUUCUCCGAUUACGAGGCGUCAUCCCAGCAUUCUAGGCAUGCAUCCUUGGCCACCUCGUCGCCGAUCGAGGUUCUUCCCGAUGGCCGCCUCCAGGAUAUGGUGGUGUAUGGUCACCCGGUCACCUCCCUCCAUGGCAGCUUUUCUUCCCCUCACUUCGCGACUCUCCCUAGCCCCUCCGCCGGAUCGCAUCGCCUUCACGGGGCAAGCUUCGAUGGGCAACCAAUGGUUCCUUUCGCCGGCCGCAAAGGCCAGGCGUCCCUAAAGGUGCUUCUACUCCACGGAAGCCUCGAUGUGUGGGUUUGUGAGGCGCGGUUCCUCCCCAACAUGGAGCAAUUCUCCAAGACUCUGGGAGACAUGCUCGGUCCGCGGCUAACCAGCACCUUGAGCGGUAAGAUGAGACAGUUGCCGUCGAUCACCAGCGACCCCUAUGUCACCAUUAUGGUGUCUGGCGCCACGAUCGGCCGUACCUACGUGUUGAGCAACACCGAGAAUCCUGUUUGGAUGCAGCAUUUCAAUCUCCCAGUAGCGCACCAUGCUGCUGAAGUUCAGUUCUUGGUCAAGCACAACGACAUCGUUGGCGCACAACUCAUUGGGACGGUUUCUAUCCCGGCAGAAUGGAUUUACUCCGGUGAGAGGUUGGAAGGAUUUUACCCAAUUCUUGAUUCAAAUGGGAAACAAUGCAAGGGAGGAGCUGUUCUCAAGUUAUCAAUUCAGUAUUUCCCGGUGGCGAAGCUCACCAUGUACCAUCAUGGGAUUAGUGCUGGUCCUGCUGACUGCGGUGUACCGGGAACAUACUUCCCUCUGAGGAAAGGUGGGAAUGUCACACUUUACCAGGACGCCCAUGUCUCAGAUGGUUGCCUUCCAGAGCUGAAGCUUGAAAACGGGAUGAAUUAUGUUCAUGGGAAGUGUUGGCGUGACAUUUAUGAUGCAAUCAGCCAGGCCCGUCGCUUGAUUUACAUCAUUGGAUGGUCAGUUUUUCAUGCAGUUCGUCUGGUAAGGGAUACUGAUCACGAUUCAUGCCCUACUCUUGGGGAUCUUCUUAAAUCCAAGUCUCAGGAAGGAGUCAGGGUGUUGCUUCUUGUGUGGGACGAUCCAACUUCGAGGAGUAUUUUGGGUAUUCGUACGAGUGGUGUCAUGGGAACCCAUGAUGAGGAAACUCGUCAUUUUUUCAAACACUCCUCUGUGCAAGUGCUUCUUUGCCCUCGUUCAGCUGGGAAGCGGCAUAGUUUUGCUAAACAAAAGGAAACAGGAACUAUUUAUACCCAUCACCAGAAACAAGUGAUUGUGGACACAGAUGCCGGUAAAAGUAAAAGAAAAAUUACAGCAUUUCUUGGAGGGCUUGAUUUAUGUGGUGGGCGGUAUGAUAACCAAGAACAUCCUUUAUUUAGGACAUUACAGUCAUUGCACAAGGACGACUAUUACAACCCUGCUUUUGCGAGUUCUGAUAACAAGGGCCCAAGACAACCAUGGCAUGAUUUGUAUGCUAGAAUCGAAGGUCCUGCUGCAUAUGAUGUUCUGAUGAAUUUUGAGGAGCGUUGGUUAAAAGCAGCAAAACGUAAUGGAGUCAAAAGGUUGAAGAAAUCUGAUGACUCAUUGUUGAAGAUUCAAAGAAUUCCCGAUAUCAUAGGUUUAAGUGAUUUAAUGUACCUGAAUGAUAAUGAUCCUGAAACUUGGCAUGUCCAGGUGUUCCGUUCAAUUGAUUCUAACUCUGCUAAGGGUUUUCCUAAAGAUCCGAGAGAAGCAACUCACAAGAAUCUCAUUUGUGGGAAAAAUGUUCUUAUUGACAUGAGCAUACAUACAGCCUAUUUGAAUGCUAUCCGUUCUGCACAACACUUCAUUUACAUUGAGAAUCAGUACUUCCUAGGCUCAUCCUUUAAUUGGGAUUCCAACAAUGACUUAGGUGCUAAUAAUCUCAUUCCAAUUGAAAUUGCCCUGAAAAUCGCAAACAAAAUUAAGGCAAAUGAGCAGUUUUCUGCAUACAUAGUUAUUCCCAUGUGGCCUGAGGGAAAUCCAAACAGUGCCCCAAUACAGAGAAUUCUCUACUGGCAGAAAAAAACUAUGCAAAUGAUGUAUGAGAUAAUUUAUACAGCCUUGAAGGAAGCUGGUCUUCAUGAUACAUAUCAACCCCAAGACUAUCUAAAUUUUUUCUGCUUGGGUAACCGCGAGGCUCCAGAUUUAGCUAAUGAUAACCAGAAUGCAUCAAUAAAUAGUCCUCAGGGGCGUGCCAAGAAGAACAUGCGAUUUAUGAUCUACGUACACUCAAAGGGUAUGAUAGUGGAUGAUGAAUACGUGAUAUUGGGGUCGGCAAAUAUCAAUCAGAGGUCGUUGGAAGGUACAAGGGACACGGAGAUUGCAGUAGGAGCAUACCAGCCACAGUAUACAUGGGCAAGAAAAAUGUCUGGUCCACGUGGAAUGAUUUAUGGAUACAGAAUGUCUCUAUGGGCUGAGCACAUUGGAUUCGUGGAGGAAUGCUUUACGCGUCCAGAAAGCCUUGAAUGUAUGAGACGCGUCAAUUACCUCGCUCAACAAAACUGGGAACAAUAUGUGUCUGAUGAGAUUACUGAAAUGAGAGGGCACUUGCUGAAGUACCCGGUGCAUGUAGAUAGCAAGGGCAAAGUGAAGCCUCUCCAUGGAUGCGAGACCUUCCCAGAUGUCGGUGGCAACAUCUGCGGAUCAUUUUGUGCCAUCCAAGAAAACCUCACCAUUUAGCCUAAUUUAUACAAAGGCAGAGAGAAAGCUUUCACAAAUUCAGGGAGAAGAUCAAUUUACAUUCUCUCACCCGCAGAGCAGAGGAGCUGCUGUGCCAUGUUGUCCUCCUGUGCUCAUGACUAAGAUAUGAUUAUUCAUACGUGUAACACGGAAUAUACCCGAUAUAGUAUUCUGUAAAUAAUAAAUAUUGCUCAAUUAAAAGCUUUUGUAUAGAAGUGUAUAGUUAUUGCUCA